AGACAGACCACAACUACAUCCACCACCUCUCCUCGCCUCUUCUUCCCCAGCCCGUUACGCUGCCGCUGCUGCCCUUCUACUCCGCCUCGUGUUCCGGUUCCCAUCUCCGCCUCCCAAUCGCAUACUCCUUCCUCCGCCUCCACCCCCACCCCCACCCGCGCUUUCUCACCGCCUCCCAUAUCCGCCUGCUCGCGCGGCAGCCGCUCUCACCUCGUUGCGCCCAGAUCCGCAGCCCGCAGGCGCUCCUCCCCCGCCGCCGCCGCCGAGAUCCGCCACCACCGCUCCGGCGCCUCCACUAAUCGCAGGCGGGGAUCCUCCCCCCGACGCGCCACAUCGCUCCGUCCAGGGAACGCUGCUCUCGAGGGAUCGGUCGCUGCGGUGUCCUAGUGCAGGGUGAAGCUUCCAGCUUAUAAUAUUCUGCCACAGUACUAUUGGUGAAGCAAGUUUGGGUGGCUUUGUGGUGUCUACUUCAUUCUUGUAUCCGUGAAUAUAAGCCACUGGAGAAAAGGAUGCAUGAAUUUUACCCUAUGAAAUAAAUACUCCGAUAUUGGCCCAUACAUUCACCUAUCAAACUUCACAAUGCUGAAUGUUAUCCUCUGGCACACCUAUAUGGUGUUCUUGCCAUUUACUUCUGUGUUUCUGUGCUACGGAAAUUUCAAGAGCGCUUAUGUUACUUGUGAUGCUGUCUAAAUUUGGACCAUGGCGCAUGCGCUGCUUAGUAGAGGGUUUCCAACCGAUCCCAAUGAGUAUAAGUUAUGUGAGGAAAUUGGAGAAGGUGUUAGUGCCACAGUGUACCGAGCUCUUUGUGUCCCACUUGACAUUGUGGUUGCCAUUAAAGUUCUUGACCUUGAGAAAUGCAACAGUGACCUUGAUGGGAUAAGACGGGAAGUGCAAACGAUGAGUUUGAUUGAUCACCCGAAUCUUCUUCGUUCAUAUUGCUCGUUUACAAAUGGGCAUCAGCUUUGGGUUGUAAUGCCUUACAUGGCAGCUGGAUCCGCCCUCCACAUUAUGAAAACUUCUUUUCCAGAAGGGUUUGAUGAGCCAGUCAUUGCUACUCUUUUGCGUGAAGUUCUGAAAGCUCUCGUCUACCUACAUUCUCAGGGGCAUAUUCACAGAGAUGUAAAGGCUGGAAACAUCUUAAUAGAUACAAAUGGAGCUGUUAAGCUAGGAGACUUUGGAGUGUCAGUCUGCAUGUUUGAUACCGGAAAUAGGCAAAGAGCAAGAAAUACAUUUGUUGGGACCCCUUGCUGGAUGGCUCCUGAAGUCAUGCAACAACUGCAUGGUUAUGAUUACAAAGCUGACAUUUGGUCCUUUGGGAUAACGGCAUUAGAACUAGCACAUGGUCAUGCUCCAUUUUCAAAAUACCCUCCAAUGAAGGUGUUGCUUAUGACCUUGCAAAAUGCACCACCAGGUCUGGACUAUGAUAGGGACAAGCGGUUUUCAAAGUCUUUCAAGGAUCUGGUUGCUACAUGCUUAGUCAAGGAUCCGCGCAAGCGUCCUUCUUCAGAAAAGCUCUUAAAGCAUCCUUUCUUUAAGCAUGCGCGGUCAGCUGAAUAUCUAGCACGGAGUAUUCUUGAUGGACUCCCUCCGCUGGGUGAACGCUUUAGGGAUUUGAAGAACAAAGAGGCUGACUUACUUCUGAAUAACAAGCUUGGUCCAGAGAGCAAGGAGCAGCUAUCACAGAAAGAGUACAUACGUGGCAUCAGUGGUUGGAACUUCAAUCUAGAGGACUUGAAGAAUGCAGCUGCCCUUAUAGACAGUUCGAAUGGCCCUUGUCAUUUAGAUGUCAGAGAUAACAAAGUUAAGGAUGACUCACAAGAUGCUUAUAGUGAGCCAGAACAUAUUUACCAGGAAAUGGUCAACCAUGUUGCUUCUGGAAGGCCUGAAGAGCAGGAUGAGAUACAAGAAGUAGAAGAUUUGAACGAUGCUCUCUCCUCUUCUUUUCCAAGCCGCCCCCUUGAGGCACUAAAAUCUUACUUUGAUGUUUGUGGUGCUGAUGAUCCCAAUCCUACUGCUACUGAUUCGAGGGUGCAACCAAGUGUCGGAUCUGUACCCGUGCAACAGUUCCCAAAAAUUGAGUAUCGUAAAAGUGCCAACUGUAAUGGUGAAAGUUUGGAAAGAAGUGUUUCUGUACCCUUGAAUCUGGGCACCAGUGGAUGCCACAAGCAUUCUAGUGGUUCUCUAAUACCUGAGCAAGUUCUUUCUCCUUGCAUGAAUAUUGAUUUGGAAAGGGACGAGUUUCAUCAGAAAAAUCCAGGCAACAGGAACCUUAGUGGCCCUUUAUUGUUCCACCAGAUGAAGGACUCACGCACCCAUCUUGCUGUUGCACCUGAGGAGCCAUCAGAAGGGAAAGUUGUCCGUCGACGGGGGCGUUUCCAGGUUACAUCGGAUAAUACUUCUCAAAAGGUAGCUUCAUUAGCAUGCAGCAGCAACAGAACAAACCCAACAAUUGGAGCAACAUGCCGCAAUCUCAAGUCCUCUGCAAUUCUUCCAACAUUGCAAUUCUUGAUGCAGCAAAAUACUAUGCAAAAGGAAGUACUGAGUAGACUGAUUUCUUCAAUUGAGGACACAUCUGAUGCUUCUGAAGCAAGUAUGAGUGGUUCAUCUCAGUAUUCUGGAGCGUCUGUCAGAGAUAAGGAAUUGCAGUCGUAUGUUGUCCAUUUGCAGCAAAGUGUCACGGAACUCGCUGAGGAAGUGCAAAGAUUGAAGCUCCGAAACAAUCAGAAAAGUUAUGGGCAUCCAGGCCGUCCGUCCAGCUUCGUGAUGCUGAUGAGGCAGGAAUCGGAAUUGAUUUUUUAAAAAAUCUAGGAAUACGGUGGGAUCCAUGUAUAUGUACACCUCUCCAAUAAAUAUGCUUCGGAACGGGCGCGGUGGGUGCUGACCUCACGUGUUGUUAGGGUUCAUGUGUUUUUUUAUGUUCAUGUGUUGGCAGAUUCUUUGUAGUGGAUAUGAUGUUCAUUGUUUAUUGAAAUUUUUGGAGGUUACGUACAGAAUAUUUUGGAAAUUUUAUGAUUGCGGGAUGAGAUGUUCAUGUACAAGAAUGUUUUAAAUGUGAAAAUUCAUGUGUACAGAAUGAGAUCUGUGAUGGAUUCUCUGAUUUUUCAUGUGUACAGAAUGAGAUCUUUCUUUCGAAAAA